AACACUGCGGAUCAGCUGAUCGCUCCGGUCCCGGUACUGUGUGUACUGCUGCUGCUGGUGGUGGUGAUGAUGAUGAUGAUGAUGAAGGCCGGCGGUCGGUCCCGGGGCUCCGCGGUGCUGCUGCUGCUCGUGGCGUGUGCGCGCGCGGCUCAGGGUGUGCUCGUGCCCGGGGAGCAGGUCGCGCUGGUGCGCGUAACAGUGGAGCACGAGCCCGGGAGCAGCGUGUUACAGGGGCGCGUGCUGCUGCAGGGACAACAACAACAACAACAUAAACAACAACAUCAGAGCGAGGAGGAGCAUGAGCUGCAGGGAGACCUGAGACUGGUUAAAGAGGAGCGUGAGGGUGUGAGGAGCGCGGCGGGUCACAUAGCCAGUGAGGGUGAGGAUGAGGGUCAGAGGUCGAAGCCCUGGAUAGGUGUGGUUCCUGUGCAGGUGGAGGAGGGGCGUGACCCAAACACCAACCAGGAGUCCUUCGCCUCCACUGUAGUCAACAAGAUGAAGAGGGCUUUGGUUUUGGGGGCGUCGGCUCUCAUCAUCCUCGUGUUAAACCAGAACACACUGAGAGAGAUGGAUGUGUCUCAGCUUCUCUCUAAACCCAUCAUCAUCAUACAGAACUCGGAGAACGUCACGAAACUGUUUGGAGCUCUGCUCAGAGGUCUUCAUGCGACUGCGAGGAUCACGUACAAAACAUUCCUACAAAAUAACCUGGGUGCGACUCUCACUCUGUGGUCGAGUUGUGGACGCUCCAGAUGGGGGCGCUAUGGCGAGUGGCAGGGCGUCGUCUGCACCGGAGAGACCAACUCACCUGUACAGAAAUAUCUGCAGCAGUUGUGGAACACUGUGGUGUUAAUCGCUCUGAUCCUCUCCACCGGAGUGCUUGUACACGCCCGGCGACAGAACCACCACGAGCCGCUCACGGACCAGCUGCAGCUUCACCCCAAACAGGAGCUCCUGAGUAAACUGUCUGUGUUAAAGACUCGGAAAUACAGACGGAAAAAACACACCGAGGCUCCUGACACGGAGAACUGCGCUGUGUGUUUAGAGCAGUACACCACUAACCAGUGUUUGAGGGUUCUGCCGUGUCUACAUGAGUUCCACAGAGACUGUGUAGAUCCAUGGCUUCUCCUGCAGCAGACCUGUCCUCUCUGUAAACGCUGUGUGCUUGGAAACUUCUGCUGACGUUCUGAACCUCCGGCUCGUGCUGGAGUCUCGAUCAGGUCGAACCAUCUCAAGAUGUCAGUUCCUGGGAACCUUCAUACUGUACACAUGCAGCGUCUCCAUGGAAACACCCCUGACCCUGUUCUGUCCUAUGUGACUGUACAGUACACGCGUGUGUAUGUGUGUGUGACAAGCUCAUGACACACACAUUACAGAGAGCAGAAGAAAUUCCCACCCUCCUGUUUGUCUCCUAAUGAUGAUGUCAUCAGUGUUUAGGGCUUUAACUCCUGUUUGUUUGUUUUUAUUUAUAUCAGUUAUAAAUAUUUAUAACUGAACAAAUCUACAUUAAUUUCAUAGUAAUAAAUCUCUAUAAAAAUGUUAAAUAAAAUAAUCUGAUUAAAA